AUGGCUUCUUUUGAUAUCCCAAUGGAACAAUGGGCACAGGUAGUCGAAAGGUCCGGUGGGCUGGUAAUUUAUAAAAAAAUGCCCGUGCAAAUGCCAGGCCCUGAUGAGGUCUUGGUUAAUGUGAAGUACUCGGGCGUCUGCCACACCGAUUUGCACGCUAUGAUGGGCGAUUGGCCGCUGAAGAGGAAGAUACCUCUAGUCGGUGGCCACGAAGGCGCCGGUGUCGUGGUCGCGAAGGGUGACCUUGUCACGAACAUAGAGAUUGGUGACCACGCUGGCAUCAAGUGGUUGAAUGGCUCUUGCCUAAACUGCUCCUUUUGCUUGCAAGGCGACGAACAGCUCUGUCCUCAGGCUCUCUUGUCCGGAUACACUGUCGACGGAACUUUCCAACAAUAUGCUAUCGCCAAGGCAGCACACAUCGCCCACAUUCCUCCCGAGUGUAGCCUGGAGGACGUGUCCCCGAUUCUCUGUGCCGGUCUUACGGUCUAUAAGGGGCUUAAGGAGUCCGGUGUCCGCCCUGGGCAAUACAUCGCUAUAGUUGGUGCAGGCGGUGGCCUCGGAUGCUUCGCUCUGCAGUACGCCAAGGCCAUGGGUAUCCACAGCAUCGCCGUCGAUACUGGGAGUGACAAAUCCCAAAUCUGUAAAGAUUUGGGCGCAGCGACAUUCAUCGAUUUCGAAAAGUCCGGUGAUCUUGCCGCAGAUGUCAAGGCCGCAACCCCAGACGGUUUUGGACCCCACGCUAUCAUCCUACUCGCAACCCACGAGGAGCCGUUCCAGCAUGCAUCUAAGUAUGUUCGUUCGCACGGCAGUGUCGUUUGUAUUGGCAUGCCAGGUCAUGGGUACCUCAAAGCGCCGAUCUUCGACACUGUCGUCCGCAUGGUCAACAUCAGAGGCAGUUACGUGGGGAACCGCCAGGACGCGGCCGAGGCUAUUGAAUUCUUCCGACUUGGACUGAUUAAAGCGCCGCACAAGCUUGUAGGUCUGAGCAAGCUCCAGGACGUGUAUGACAUGAUGCUAAAGGACGAGGUUGUGGGCCGGUACGUGGUUGAUACAAGCAAGUGAAAUUGGAGUCGACAUCAAGGUUCGCAAUGAGCCAAGCCAACCAAGCUCAAGCUUGCAAGCCAAGCAAGCUUCGCAAGCCAAGCCUAACAAAAUAGUUGCCAAGCCAAGCAAGCCUUCCUCGACCCCGGCUUGCGAGGCUCAUGAGCUUUUUCUGAGGCCUGGUUUUCCCCGCAUAUAGGGUUCUUUGCAGGGGUUGAAGUCUCGUGAUACCCCUAUUAUAGUGGUUUUCUGGUGUUCCUACUGACCUUGGUCCUUUGUCAGCCACAAAUUUCCUGCAAUUCUUCCAAGUUUUUCUCAUCUGCCUUCCAACCCACCAAACUGAAUUUUAGCCUUCAAGCAGGCCAGUCACUCAAUGUUAAAACGAGGUUGGACCAUUUAGUCAGAAACUUUCGG